CGUAUACCGACUUCUAUCUUCUCUUGCCUCGUUGCUUACGUCCUUUCACGUCAUAUUAUCUUGAAUAUUCGCUAAUUUCUUAGAACCGGAUCCCACGCUGACCAGAAGAUUUGUGCAAUGUCGCCGCCAUCUAACCACGAGCCACAGCAUGUCAAUCCAGAAGAGCUGUAUCAAGUUAUCUGUGCCGCGACCUCCCAGGACCCAACACAGAUCAAGGUGUCGUCUGCAAGACUGAAGGAGAUGCUCGAGAUGGUCGGCGUGUUUGACAUGCUCUCGCAAAUUGCAGCCCAGAGCAACCUCCCUGUUCAAGUCCGUCAGCAGGCUAUCAUUCAGCUCAAGAAUUCCUCUCUGGGCCACUGGAAGUCGCGAAAGCUGACAAACGAGGAGCAGAAGCUCAAUAUCAAGAGAAGAUGUCUCGAGCUGCUGCACGAACCGGACGAUGUGAUCGCUGAAUGCAAUGAAGUCAUCCUAUCCAAAAUUGCACGGCUCGAAUAUCCCGCCAUGUGGCCAAACGCCCUAGACGAUAUCAUGAAUCUCGUGAAUACGGGAAUACAAACGUGGUACAGUGGCUCGACGGCACCAGAAGUCCUGAUCACUUUGCGCCGAGCUCUCGAGGCACUGAACGCCGUUCUGAAGGAGUUCACCAACAUGAAAAUGCUUUCGGGUGUUCGGACAUGUGGGACUGUUGUCGAAAAUAUCCAUAUGAUCAUGCAGAGCCAUUACUCGACGGCGGCUGCCAGCCUGACGGGGCUUGAUCCAACCACAAUUUCGAGUCCUCGAACCGCACAGAACCUCCUUGUUGCACACCUUGUCUUUAAAUGUGUGGCAAAAAUGGCAAGCUGGGUCUACUCUCGUUCGAAGGGCAAUGACCCCGCGGUACGUCUAGAGGGCUGGCUCCUCGAUCUUUUCCGCAGCUCCACCGUUCAACUCCAAACUCUGAGCGAAGUUCGUAUCAACCUCGUCCUAGCUAUACGCUCCGGCGCCGCUCCGGCAACGCCGGUCAGCAAACAGUCAAUAGAGACUCUCACGCGACACAUCCGUCUAUUCGGCAAGCUCUUCAGGCGUUUACAACAGUUAGACUCCAUGAAGUUCGUCAAGCUGCCUUCGUGCAGUGACCUUGUUCUUUAUUACUGGAGCAAGGUUGUACAGGCCACUAAUAGCCCAAAUGACCAGGUGGAAGAUGACCCCACAGCCGUAUUCCCUGUACGCUUUCUGGUGCAAGCCAUGGUUCUUUUCAAAGAGAGUCUCGCACAGUGGGCUCCUGUUCGCAAGGACGGUAGUGAAAAUGAGCAAGUGCUCUCGCAGACAUUUGUCGAGGACGCUGUGAAACUCCUCGUGACCCGGUUCAUUCCUCUCGACCCGUCUGACCUUGAAGACUGGAUGUCUGAUCCUGAAGAGUGGGUUAAUGUUGAGGAAAAAGACAACGAACAGUGGGAGUAUGAGCUCCGGCCGUGUGGCGAGCGUGUUUUGAUGACUCUCGCACACCAAUAUCGCCAAUAUGUUGUGCCGCUUCUGCACAUGACAUUCCAGCAACUUGUAGCUCUCCCUACCGGGGAUCUCCCCAGCAUCCUUCAGAAGGAGGCGCUCUACUGCGCCAUUGGACGCUGCGCUACAAAGCUCAGGGACGUCAUCCCUUGGGACGACUGGUUAACGCAGAGCUUACUUCCCGAAGCCCGGUCGACGAACACGAGCUACCCUAUUAUCAAGCGACGUAUUGCCUGGUUAAUCGGAAAGUGGAUCUCAAGCUCAUGUGCGACGCCAAAUAACCCACGCGUAUGGGAGGUACUCAUCUAUCUCUUGCGAGAUCGUGGUCCGGGUACAGACGCGGUCGUGCGCCUCACGGCGGCUGUCGCGCUCAAGGAGUGCGUAGAUACAAUUGAAUUCGAUGUUGAUGCAUUCCUGCCUUUCCUUUCCAUGGCCAUCGAGGAGCUCUUGCGGCUCAUAGACGAAGCCGACUCAACUGAGAGCAAGCGACGCAUUCUCGGCACGUUGAACGUGGUCGUUGAACGUGCAGGCACUCAUAUUGUUCCUCUACUACCUGUUGUGGUGCGGCCUCUUCCUCGGAUGUGGACGUCGGCGGAAGAGGAGUGGCUGCUUAAGGGCUCGCUUCUCGAGACUCUGACGAAGCUAAUCGAGGCUUCGAAAGAACCGUCAAGCACUCUCAUUGGCCUCGUCGUGCCUCUCGUUAAGGAGAGCUUCGGGCCCGUGGCUCAAAUGCAACUCGACGAAGACGCGCUUAUCCUCUGGCAAGCAUCACUUCGUAACACGAACACACUAGAGGCUGCAGAUGGUUCUGCGAGCCUCUUUGAGCUCGUCCCGCUCGCAGUGCGGCUGCUCGCAGAGAAUCUCGAUCUACUCGGCAAGAUCACGAACAUAAUCGAAUCGUACAUUCUUCUCGACGCACCGCGUCUCUUGCAGGCUUGUGCAAACGAGCUCUUCGGUGCGAUCGUGGCCGGAAUGAAGCACGCUGUGCAGAUAAAUGUCAAGGACAUGGCGCAGGGUGCCGCGUUGGCGUGUCAGCAUGCACCACCGAGCCUCUGGGGCGAACCACUCCAUAAUUCGGGGCUCUUUGCAUAUCUUAUCAAGUCUCUGCAGGAGGACAAGCUGACGGUCGAGCUCCUGACCGAGUUUGUUCUCGUCAUGGCACGCAUCGCGCUCAUGGACAAGCGCCUGUUCGCGCAGCUUAUCGGCGCGAGCGUACCCGCGCUCAAGCUGAGCGAGACAGAGCUCUGGGAAGCUGUCUUGGACGAAUGGUGGCGCCGCUUUGACUGCAUGUCUGAGCCGCGACACCGCAAACUCGCGGCAAUGGGCAUGGCAAGCCUGGUGUCGACGGGCCGACAUGAGGUGCUCGAGCGGCUGCGGAGCGAGAUAUGCAACCUCUGGCUCGACGUGCUGUGCGAGAUUCGCGAGGCAAAGGUCGCGGAGGAAGAAGGCGGCCCGGAGACCCUCUAUUUGUACUGGGACAAGCCCCCGUCGACGUUUUACCGCGACACGGAGGGUAUGCCGGAGUACACGAGGCGUGAAGCGAGCUACCAGAACGACCCAGCGCGUGUGACACAGCUCACAACAUACAUUCAAGCAUGCCUCGCCGAGGCCGAGGCUGCUGUUGGCGGAACCACAGUGCUACAAGAGCGAUACCUUGCCAAGGCAGAUCCGACGGUGCUUGCGCAGAUUCAGGCAGAGCUGACGGGUCAGAAGAUACAGCGUCAGUGAACACCGGACCUUCAUUGGUGCAUCGAGGCAUUAUGGCUUCCUUGGAAUAAUUCAUCUAACUCGUAGUACUCCAUAUAUCAUCAGUGCCAAAUGUAUAUCUCGUUUACUCAGACCUCUGGUUGAGUGUGUGGACAUACACCGUUAGAGAGUUCGUCUCAGUGCAAUGAAGCCAUAGCAAGGGAUAUCUCUACUUCUGGGGAAAGAAACUCUUGAGACUGCCCUGCCCUGCCUUCGACCCACUUGAUCGUUUGACGGGCCGGCCGGGUCUAAUGACUUUCCGUGGUUCUUUCUUCUCCCCCUUCUCUUCCUUCAAUUUCUUCUCGCUCUUUUUCGCGCUUUUCUCCUCGUCAGACUCAGUGUCCUCGGGCGCAUUCUUGCCUCUUGUGGGCGGUUUCUCGUCCUCAGACGACGCAGCCUUCUUGCCCUUGGCUUUCUUACCCUUGGCAGGUGGCGGCGCGGGCUGCGCGUCAGGGUCAUUCUCGUCGACGGACUCAUACUCGGAUUCGUCCACGGUUACUGCAAAGGACAGGCGAUC